AUGAUGGGUGAAAAUUCCUCUGCAUAUACAACAUUAGCAGAUAAUCAACUCUACAAUCAGUUUUCACCGAGUAGGAGAAAAGCUGACUUGAUCGCUUCAACCAGUGCAACUUCGUCUCCGAACUUAAGAAAGUCUCCCAACCGAGGGUUCAGCUCGCCGAGAGCUCAGCAAAAGCCAAUUACCAUUUUCGAUCAGAUAGUUUCUUGGUUCCAUUCCGAAAUUGAUGUGAGAAAGAAGCUGGCUAGUUUUGUAUGUGGAGCGGCAGUAGCCCUUUCUUUUAUCGUCACUGUUUCCAUCCUGAAACUUUCAAUUUGGGCUCCAUUCAGUUCUGUACAGGAUUCGCUCACAUGGUGGCUUUAUCCGACUUCUUGGCCAGUAACCUUAUUCAUUUGGCUCUCAUCAGUCGCAUGGACGUUUCUCAUUAUUCAUCAGUUUUGCACUGUUACACAAGUUCCACGAAUUCCAAUAACGGACACAUACGCAUGGGCUGGUGCCGCUCUAGAGUUCGUCCAUCGCUUGAUUUUCGUCUACACAGCUUUCACCGUUUCUGAGUCUUCAUUUUUCGAAGAUUUCGCAUGGAUCGCUAUUGCUUUUUCUGUUGCGAUAUCGUCAGCACUUGUCAUUUUCAGAUCUGAUUUCCACCUUAACUUCUCGAACGUUCAAGUGAACUCAUUCAAGACUCUGAUUGACUUUGCAAAAUCGCUUCCUUAUGGAAGUCUCGCAGAAACUAGUGGUGUCGAUGCGGCAAUUGCAUACACUGCUGCCAUGGCACUCACCGUUUUCGGGAGUCCACUUUUAUGGGGAUUCUCUGCUUGGUGGCUGCUCAUUAACAUUCAGUUUCAUUUAGUCUUAUUCGGAGUUUGCUUCGCUCAACAAUUUUUCGCAAAGAUUUUCAUGAAGAUUGUCAAUCAAAUUGUCAUGAAGCCAAUGAAAUUCCCGUUCCCACCACCAUAUACUGUACAUUCUCCCACGCCGGAUCAAAUUAGAACACUCCCGAAUGUCAUUGAGACCGACGAUCCACUCCUUAAGAUGUUUGCUCUUCACGAUCUUCGUACCGUCGCCUGGGAAGAUGAGAAGCGUCGUGUAGAUGUGUUCUCGCUUUCACAGCCAGGAAAGCAUCCACGUAACUGGAAAGCUGUUUCAAUGCCAUGCACAAGAAUGCUUGAUGAGCUAUGUUCGAGAAUGACUGUGUCUGCUGCUCGACUUGUUGGAUAUUCCUGGGAUGACCAUGAUGUGGAGAACGAGGAAGUGCCUCGUGAUGCUCUUAUGAUGCCAAGAAAGAUGCGUGAGAUGACAUACCGCGGAGCUGGACAGAGUCGUCAGCAGAAGACCAUAGCACCGAUCCGCUCCAAUAACACACAAACAGUCGGAUUUCUCGCAAAAAUAACUCGAAAUCUCGGUCUCGGGAAAACGGAGAGACUUGUGAUAUCUCGCUUCGAUGCUCAGCAAAACGCUUAUGCGGCAGAGGCUGUGUACAUGCUGGUUGUAGAUUCCAUGGGAGAAGAUCGUUUUGGAGUUGUCCAGAAAGAUCUGAAAGAUCUGAUUACGCUUUUGUGCAAACUCAUCGCUGCUAUCGACACAUACGAAAGAGCUAAAGCGUCGGUCGCUGACAAAUCAGAUGUGACAUACUUGCGUCUAGUUGACGCUUCGCUCAAGUCUUGUCUUCAACGUGUCGUCACCACAUUCGGAAGCCACUUGCGAUCGCUCGAACUUGCUGAUGAACACAUUCGCACUAUCAAACUCGUCUGCGCUGAAGAAAUCUAA